ACUUUGGCAUUUGGUCCUGGCCUCUUUUGUUCCCGGAUCCCUCCCUGAGCGUGAAACCUGUUGUCGCCGAUCUUGCCCUGGUGCCAGUUUCAAAAGACGUUUCCUUCCUGCUCGAGAACCAGGAUUUUGGGGAGCUACGGACUGGAAGAAAGGAAACGUGGAGUAUAACGUUGGCCGGGCGUAUCGCUCCUGGCUAGUUUGGCCUUGGGGUGUUUCGCGAUAAGACUUUGCGCGCCGCUCUGGUCAAGAGCUAAACUAGAACAGCUUUUUACGAAGGGAACCCCUGGUGCCAUGGAAAGGGUAGAAACCUUUCUCCCUCCCUUUUGUUGGCUUUGCUCAGGUGCUGUUUCGUAAACAGCCUUGAAUUCCUUCAGGGAAAGCUUGGAGACAGAUAAAUAAGAGCUGACACCCCUGUCCUGUGGAAUUUGGAAUCUAUAGCGGUGAUCCUGCCCAGGGACCCAUGUAGACAGAUUCUUCAAGAAAGAAAAUUGGAAGCCAGAGGAAGAGACUGGUGGAGAGAAGCUGCAGGUAACCAAAUAAACGGGUCAUGGCACGUUUAACGAAAAGGCGGCAGGCGGAUACAAAAGCUAUCCAGCAUCUUUGGGCAGCUAUUGAAAUAAUCCGGAACCAGAAGCAAAUUGCCAAUAUUGACCGCAUUACAAAGUACAUGUCUCGAGUCCACGGCAUGCAUCCAAAAGAGACCACACGUCAACUGAGCUUAGCCGUCAAAGAUGGUCUUAUUGUUGAAACCCUGACUGUGGGGUGUAAGGGAUCAAAAGCUGGUAUUGAACAAGAAGGAUAUUGGUUGCCAGGAGAUGAGAUUGACUACAGUAUGCAGCCUUUCUCCCAGACAACAGCAAAAAACAAGGACUGGGAAACAGAAAAUCAUGACUGGUAUUGUUUUGAAUGCCAUAUGCCUGGAGAGGUGUUGAUAUGUGACCUGUGUUUUCGUGUGUAUCAUUCCAAGUGUUUGUCUGAGGAGUUCAGGCUUAGAGACAGCAGUAGUCACUGGCAAUGCCCAGUUUGCAGGAGCAUUAAGAAGAAAAACACAAGCAAGCAAGAGAUGAGCACCUACCUACGAUUUAUUGUCUCUCGUAUGAAGGAGCGGGCUAUAGACCUGAACAAGAAAGGAAAGGACAGCAAACACCCAAUGUAUAGGAGGUUGGUGCAUUCAGCUGUUGAUGUUCCUACUAUACAAGAGAAAGUAAAUGAAGGAAAGUACAGAAGUUAUGAGGAGUUCAAAGCAGAUGCUCAGCUGCUUCUACACAACACAGUGAUUUUCUAUGGAGCGGACAGUGAACAAGCUGAUAUUGCUAGGAUGCUUUACAAAGACACAUGCCAUGAGCUGGAUGAACUGCAGCUUUGCAAGAACUGCUUCUAUCUGUCAAAUGCACGUCCUGACAAUUGGUUUUGCUAUCCUUGCAUACCUAAUCAUGAGCUGGUUUGGGCCAAAAUGAAAGGUUUUGGAUUUUGGCCAGCCAAAGUCAUGCAAAAAGAGGACAAUCAGGUCGAUGUUCGCUUUUUUGGCCAUCACCACCAAAGGGCCUGGAUCCCCUCAGAAAACAUUCAGGAUAUCACAGUUAAUAUUCACCGGUUGCAUGUGAAGCGCAGCAUGGGCUGGAAAAAAGCCUGUGAUGAGCUGGAGCUGCACCAGCGUUUUCUUCGUGAGGGGAGAUUCUGGAAGUCUAAGAAUGAGGACAAAGGGGAGGAGGAGGCAGAGUCCAGUAUCUCCUCCACCAGCAAUGAGCAGCUGAAGGUUACUCAGGAACCAAGAGCAAAGAAAGGACGACGUAAUCAAAGUGUGGAACCCAAAAAGGAAGAGCCAGAGCCUGAAACUGAAGCAGUAAGUUCAAGCCAGGAAAUUCCCACAAUGCCUCAGCCCAUUGAAAAGGUUUCAGUCUCAACACAGACCAAGAAGUUAAGUGCCUCUUCUCCAAAAAUGCUGCAUCGGAGCACCCAGACCAAUAAUGAUGGAGUGUGUCAAAACAUGUGCCAUGACAAAUACACCAAAAUCUUCAAUGACUUCAAAGACAGGAUGAAGGCUGAUCACAAGAGAGAGACUGAGAGAGUUGUGAGGGAGGCAGUAGAAAAGCUACGUACAGAGAUGGAGGAGGAAAAGAGGCAGGCUGUAAAUAAAGCUGUAGCCAACAUGCAAGGAGAGAUGGACAGAAAAUGUAAGCAGGUGAAGGAGAAGUGCAAAGAAGAGUUCUUAGAAGAAAUUAAGAAGCUAGCAGGUCAGCACAAGCAACUGAUCUCCCAGACCAAGAAGAAGCAGUGGUGCUACAACUGCGAAGAGGAGGCCAUGUACCAUUGCUGCUGGAAUACUUCCUACUGCUCUAUCAAGUGUCAGCAGGAACACUGGCAUGCUGAACACAAACGUACCUGCCGUAGAAAAAGAUGAAGGCGCUGCUGCUCUCUUUGCAGACCACCCCGAUGAUUGCUAUUCUCAGACACAGCGGUUUUUGUUUCCAAGAAGCCAAAAUUGUUUCGAAUUUGCUUCCCAUUUUGCACCAGCCUUUAAACGCUUUUCAAAAAGAAAUUUUGCACAAUGAUUUCAAUCUUCUGUUUAACGCUCCUCCAAAAUGUUGUGGGUAAAAAUCUGUCUAACCUCUGAAGGAGCGGGUUACUUUAAAUAAUUUUAAAACUCGAGGAUUUGUUGCAUUUUCAGCAAAUUUUAAAACAUUUUUAGGUUUUACAGAGAUUUUAACUUCAAAAAAUCCAGAUCUAAAAAGAAAAGCCACGUGAGUUUAACGAAAGGAACAUUUAAAAACUAGAUCUGAAUGUAAGAACUACAGAACUGUUUCAGAAAAAAAAGCAUACUACCUUGAUGUAAUGUUUAUUUCUUAACCUUGUUGAGCUGGUUUUGUUCAGCUUAAUUUUACUGUUUAAAGGCAUUAUCUAUUGGUUAUACCAGUGGGUAUAUGAUUGAAUUUAGGGAACAGGGUUGACACAGCAGGUGCUAGUCCUGCAUAUUUUUUCUUAAAUAUUUCCCAAUCGUGUUUUAUUUUCAUUAUUUCUUUUCAAUAUAUAACUUUUAUAACAAAAUAUUAGCUUUGAUCUUGUAGUUUAAAAUCGCAGGGAACUGGGGUAAUCUUUUACUGAGCUGGAUCUUAGAGAAAAUGAAUAUUUAAAUUUUAAAGUUUGCACAUUUCAUCUUUGUCCUAACAUGAGUGCUUGUAAGAAGAAAAACAAAAGCCAAAAAAACUACCUUUAUUCAUACAUGGAAUUCUAGAUGAGGCAUAAAAAUUUCUUUAUUGCUUUCCCCCGCCCCUUCCUUCAACCAUCCCCCCUCCGAUGUCAUUGGGCUGCCUAUUAUCUGGUGUCACCUAUUCCAUUGUAACUUAAUAAUAAAAGGAAAAAGCACUUAAGUUUCACAGAAGCCGUUAUGUUUGUAGUAAUGGGUCAUUGCCUAUUAAUGAGCUCCAUCACUGUACUCAGAAUGAAGAAUAAUGCAUGUUAAUUUUCUUGUAUUAAAGAUGCCGUGAUUUGUAAAAAGUCUGUAUUUUGCGGAAUGUCUGGAUUAAGAAGCAUUACCAAUAGGAAUGGAUCGAUAGUUGAAAAAUGAUUUUUUUUUCUGUUUUAUAUAUAGUUAUAUGAAUUGCAUCCAUGUUCAGAGACAAUUUUUAAAUAGGUGUAAAGCUUACUUAAACAGCUUUUUCUUUUAAACUGUCCAGCAUUUUAGUUUCUUUCAAAAGUUGGUCUUAGACUAAUUCAAAUGCCCAUUUAUCAUCCAGCUAUUUUUUUGAGACGUUAGAAGAAUAAUUUGUAAAUAUUUAUUUCGAUCUUUGGUAUUUAUUGAAAGCAAUUACAUGAUGGAAAGAUGGAAGCUGAAGAAUCAAGAGGAAAGCCUUUUAAAAAGUUUUCUCUAGGAUUUGUCAGGGUCAUUGCAAAAAUUGAAGUAUGACCAAGACUUCUGUGAACUGUCAUUGAAAUCCAGAUCUUUUUUACUUACAGUGGUGGUACAAGUUAAUUGACUAGAUACUGCCAAUUAAUACCCAGUAGGUUGCAAAACCAUAUGGUAAGUUGAUUGAAAAUAAUAGUAACUAAAUGGCAACUUGCAUUACCACAACUACGUUAUUGCCUGACGUGUAAUUAACUUAUGUCGCCUCUGUGUUGUGACUGUAAAACACUUCACAACUAAAAAAAAAAAUAACAAA